AUGACCAGGACCGAGAAGGGUGAGCACAUCUGUGGACGUGCCUGUCUGGGCCCACUAACCUUCCACCCUAGAGCCGUGGGCAAGGAUAUCACCCUCAGCCAUGGAAACCUCAGGGCCUCCAGAGACUUGGAGACCUUCCAGAACGGCCUGGUGUUCAGCAGCCGCCCAAUCAGGGUAAAAGAGAAGGUGACGGUCAAGGUGGAGCGAACCCUUCGUGCCUGGGAAGGUGCCAUGAGGGUAGGCUUCACCAACGUGUGCCCAACCACUGGCCCACUACCAUCGCUUGCUGUGCCCGACCUGACAAGUAGGCCUGGGUACGCUGCCCUGCCAGUGCCCACAGAUGACUGCACACCUGGCAUCAUGGUCACCUUCUGGAUGGCUUCAACUGGUCAGCUGUGUUUUAAGACAUCCACUGGAAAACAAGGCUGUGAGGAGACCUCUCUGAACCUUAGUCAACCCCUCUGGGCCAUCUUUGAUGUCUACGGGCAAACCACCACAAUACUCCUUCUCGGCUCUGGAAGACGCCAUUUGUUCAAAAGAACAUUGUCCUGCCCUAUUCCUCAUAGCACGUUUGAAUGUAGAUAUGAGAAGACCCCUCCUCCAUUGCAGAGAAGGACUGAGAUGACUCAGAAGAAACUAAAGGAACACCCAGAGGUCCAAAGGAACAACACCCCUUUCACACCAGGGACCAGUCCAGAAGACUUGUGCGUGGUGUGUCUGGUGAGCGAGGCUCGUCUGGCCCCCCGCUGUGGACAUCGCUGCCUGUGCCUCCCAUGUGCUAACAGGGUGUUCGCUGAGUUCGGGACAUGUCCACUAUGUCGGCAGAAGCUGUAA